UUUUUAUUUUUUUAAAGCUCGUUAAUUGCCCUGAUUCCAGGUGCUCAGGUUCCUACACACCCACCGGGGAAGAUCCCAGUGCCUGCCAACCUGGCCGCACCAAUGUCCUGCUUGGCUUUUGGGUGACUGCAGACAAACCAGGCAAGGAGCAGAGGGAGAGAAGCCGCCCAGAAUAGACAGGCUGCCUCUGCGUCCCCCCGCCCCUCUCUCCCCCACUUUUUUUAGGGCCGUAUUUGCUUUAUCCCGCCAUACCUGCACUUGAGGCCAGAGGCUUUAUUCCAUGGGAAAGCUGUUCUCUCUCCUCUGGGUACUGUAACGGCUGUCCUUUUGGGGGUGGAAUUGCUAUUGGGGUGUCCUUAUUUGUGCAGAGGAAAGGCAGCCAUUAGCAGUUGGAAAUGGCACGCGCUUGUAUCUCAGCCUACCUUCCCCCUGACAUUGACCCCACUAAAGCACCCAUCGCUUUUGGGGAGAGGGCCCUUCCUAAACUGAACGAGGAGUUACAGUCCCCGGAGCUGCUGACCCGGCAGCAGGCACUGAUGGCCCUGUGUGACCUGGUGCAUGACCCAGAGCACGUCCACCAAGCCAUGAAACUAGGCUUCUUGGAUAACCUGAAGCCUCUGCUGGUAGAUCAAGAUAGUACUGUUCGACAAAAAACAACAGAAAUCCUAUAUAUUAUGGCUAAUCAUAAUGUUGGAAGAUAUGGUUUUAUAGAAAAUGAAGUCAUUCCUGCUCUGGCCCAGCUCUUGAAUGAUCCAGUACCUAUCUGUCGGAAAAACAUGCACCGGGCAUUGGAAAUGAUGGCAGAAUUGCCAGCAGGUGCUGCUGGCAUAGUAGAAAACGGUUUGGUUCCCUCGCUUGUACAUAAACUGAAAACCGAGCUGGAUGAAAUCCAGGAACUCAUAUUGGACACACUCGCCAACUGCCUGCUUGUAGAUGCUUUCUCAGCUCUGAUGGCUGGUGCUGUUCCCGUUCUGAAGGACAGGCUCACUCAUGAAUCAGUGGCCAUCAGAAGCAAAGCUGCCCGUGUCCUGUUGGUAAUCAGUGUCCCUCUGGAAGGAAAAAACACCGUGUGGAGUGAAGAGGUUAUCCCAGUGCUGGUCAAACUGUUAGAAGACUCACACCCUGAGGUCUGCGCCAAUGCAGCAGGAACACUGACAAAUGCCACCAUUACAACCCAAGGGAAAUAUGCAGCCCUGGGUGCAGAUGCCAUCCCACCUUUACUGAAGCUGGUUAACAGUGAAACCAGCAAGGUUCGCCUGAAUGCAAUCAAAGCCCUGACCACACUGGCUGAGGCACCUGAGGGUCGCAAGACACUACUGAACCAUGUGGGCUUGUUUCAAAAGCAACUGAAUGACCCCAGCGAGGCUGUGAUAAGAGCAGCAAAAAUUGCCAUCCGUGUCAUUGAGUGGAAACCUUAAACCAAGGGCAGUACAAAGCAAUACACUCAUAGUAAAUCCCCUUUAUACCCUGUGACAGAAUAGCCUGCUUUCAAAUAUUCUAUGUUAAAUCAGCAUAUGCUUUAGUAUUUGAAGUUGCUUCACCUGAAACUGCUCUUAAAUUUCUUUACAUGGGAAUCCAUAAAGAAGCAAUGAGGUAAUGGGGUCCCAGUCAAGUCCCACCUGUUUUUAUAAGUAAAGGUGCUGUGGUUAGGACUGACAUUCCACCUUUUGUCAUCUCUGUCCUUCCACAAGGCAGCAAAUUGAAUGGCAUGCAGUAGUACCAUCCAUUAAAUUGGACAUAGCAUCCUUUUGAAACCUUCUUAGAGGCUCAUUUUUCCCCUUGUUCAAAAGCAUUUUAUGAAGGAGCCUCACCUCUUCCACUGAGGUCCAAGGCAUCAGCCAUGGGGAAUCUUCCAGCCUGGACCACUCUAGCAUUCCCUGAAAGAGAUAAUCACCCACAGCACCCCCUAGCACCUUCUGAGGGCACAGCCCAGCCCUAGAACUGCUUGCCAGUUUAUCUUUUUGGGAUGGCUUAUUCUCUCCUGUGGUUUUGUUUUCUGUUUUGUGAUGAGGGAUUAUGGUUCACCCGGGAUUAAAUCAAAGGUCCCAUUAAAUCAGUAGCCUACUUAAGAUGCCCCAGAGGAAGAUGUAAAACUCACAUCAUGGACAAUUAUGUAGCAGCUGCACUUGCAGAAAUUUUCUGCCUGAUCUCAGAGACACGCUGAUUGGUAUAGCAUUAAGCAGGGCGGGUAUAUAUCUUUUACCCAUCUUCCAUCUAGCUAGUAUUUCUGUGGAUGUGCAAAUUUUUCUUAAUAAAUGGCGAGUCCUUCUUUUGAAUGCUA